AUGGCGUCGUUGCCUUUAUUAGUUUUCCGGAUGGCAUCGUCAUAUGAAAAUCCAUCUCGUGCAACACAAUAUCAAUCAACAAAACGAUUUGAUAAUCUUCAAGCUGAUGUGAAUCAGGUCGUUGAUGUUAUGAAAGAUAAUCUUGAUAAAGUAUUGGAACGUGAUGCCAAAUUAAGUACACUUGAAAAUCGUGCAGAAAUUUUACAAACUGGUGCAUCACAAUUUACAACAAAUGCUGGUAAAUUAAAACGUAAAUAUUGGUGGAAAAACCUUAAAAUGUGGAUCAUUUUGAUUAUUGUUAUUGUAAAUUGUUCUAAUCAUUGUGAUUGUUGGGCAACUAAUGAUAGUGACGUUCCACCAGCUUCUACCAAUGGUAGUAGUCCAAAACUACUUGCUCAACUGCAAGCUCAAGUCAGUACAAUUGUUGAUAUCAUGCGAAAAAACGUUGACAUGGCGUUAGAUCGUGAUCGAGAUUUGUUAAUUAUGACUCAGAACGCUGAAAAAUUAGAAGAAAGUACACAACAAUUAAAAAAAACAACAGAAAAAGUGAAACGUAAAUAUGAGUGGAAAAAUCUCAAAAUGUGGAUCAUUUUGAUAAUUAUUAUUGUAAAUUGUUCUCAUCAUUGUGAUUGUUGGACAACUAAUGGUAGUGGCGUUCCGUCAGCUGCUGCCGGUGGUGGUGGUUCAAAACGACUUGCUCAACAGCAAGCUCAAGUCGAUGAAGUUGUUGAUAUUAUGCGACAAAAUGUUGAUAAGGUGUUAGAACGUGACAAAAAUUUGUCACUUCUUGAUGAUCGAGCUGAUAAAUUACAACAUAAUGCAGCUCAAUUUGAACAACAUGCAGGCAAAUUAAAACGAAAAUAUUGGUGGAAAAAUAUGAAGAUGAUGAUCAUUAUGGGAGUCGUGGGCAUAAUUUUUGCCAUUGUGGUGAUAGCAUGGAUUGGAUCGAAAGUUAAAUCAGUAGCACCUGUUCUUCCAUCCGGUGGUGUAACAACAACCAUUCCAUCGGUAAAUAAUGGUUUACCAAAAGUACCCGGUGGUUCAAUGAAUGUCGCAAGUGGUGAUAGACCAUCAACAAAACGUCGUUUUCGUACAGGUCGUCCGAAAACAACACCUACAAUAUCACUCACUACUACUAGUCCAGUAGUAACAUCAUCAAAUGAUGAUGAACAAGAACAAUCAAAUACAGAAGAUGCAGCAAAAGCCGCUAUAAAACGAGUUAUUCGUGCGCUCGUUAAUAGGCAAUGA